AUAUUACUCUCCCGGCGAAUAUAACCAGAAACAAGAAUGUGUGCGUGAGACUCGGAGAGAGAAAGAGAGGGAAUCUAGUGAGAGAAACACCAAUUGGGUUUUGAUUCUCAUACAGAAUAGAACUGGAAGAACAGCGAAAGUUCCUAUCUUUGCUGCCCAAUUUGAAGUGUAAGUUUUCAGCUCAUUGAUUAUAUAAUUCCAGCAAAAUGUUGGAGGGAUCUUAUCUAGUCUCAAGGGAAUUACCAGCCUCAAGCGAGCAAGAAAGCCAGUGGAUUUACAAGACUUUUCAUGCUGUUAAGCGCUCUAGCAAACGCAGGUCAGAAGAUGGAGAAGAUGUUCCAUCAAGAAAGGCAGCUAGGCCAUUAGGCGUCCUGGAGAGACAGGGAAGGGGCCCUCAUGUUCUUCCCAUCUUGAAUGCUAAUGAACCAGAUGAUCAGCAUCAAACAGCUGGUAUGGGUGGUCUUUCUGCUGUGCUAACUGAUCGACCAGAUAUUCAGCAACAAGCAGUGGUUCUGAAAGGUCUUUUUGAUGUUCAAAUUGAUCAGCCAGAUAACCAGCAUCCAAUGGCAGGUCUGUAUGUUCGUGCAGUUGCACAGAAAGAUCAACCAGAUAAUCAGGAUCAGGUGGAGGAUAAAUCGGAUACAAGUUCACUUAUUAAUCAACUUGGUCGAGAACUGUCAAUAAGCUGUCUCCUCCACUGCUCGAGGUCCGACUAUGGCACCAUUGCUUCAUUGAAUAAAAGCUUUCAGUCCAUAGUUCAGAGUGGUCUGCUGUAUAAGCUGAGGCGGAAAAUGGGUAUCGUUGAGCACUGGGUGUACUUCUCCUGCAACCUCCUUGAAUGGGAGGCCUUUGAUCCUUUUCACUGCCGAUGGAUGCAUUUGCCAAGAAUGAAUGCAAAUGAAUGCUUUAUGUGUUCAGAUAAGGAAUCUUUGGCCGUUGGUACGGAACUGCUUGUUUUUGGGAAGGAAAUCGAAUCUCAUGUUAUUUAUAGAUACAGCAUUUUAACGAACAAGUGGACAUCCGGCAUGAAAAUGAACAUGCCCCGGUGCUUGUUCGGGUCCGCGAGUCUUGGGGAAAUUGCCAUUCUGGCUGGUGGCUGUGAUCCAGCUGGUAAUGUCUUAAGCUCGGCAGAGCUUUAUAAUUCAGAAACAGGCACGUGGAUUAACAUUCCAAGCAUGAAUAAAGCCAGGAAAAUGUGUUCUGGAGUAUUUAUGGAUGGCAAGUUUUAUGUUCUUGGGGGGAUUGGAACAGGUAAUACAACGAUGCUUACGUGUGGAGAGGUAUAUGAUUUGGAAGCAAAAACGUGGCGUGUAAUACCUGAUAUGUUCCCUGCACGAAAUGGAGGAACAGGAGGGAAUGAAAUACCUGCUGCAGCUGAGGCACCUCCUUUAGUUGCAGUCGCAAACAAUGAGCUUUAUGCAGCUGAUUAUGCACUGAAGGAGGUGAGGAAAUAUGACAAAGAAAAGAAUGUUUGGAUCACAUUGGGGGGACUGCCUGAACGAGCCGUUUCAAUGAAUGGUUGGGGGCUUGCAUUCAGGGCAUGUGGAGAUCGGCUCAUCGUUAUAGGUGGACCCAGGGCUUUAGGUGGGGGAAUGAUUGAGCUUAACUCUUGGAUUCCGAGUGAAGGUCCCCCACAAUGGGAUCUGCUUGCAAAGAAAUCCUCAGGCAGCUUUGUGUACAAUUGUGCUGUGAUGGGAUGCUGAGUUUUGCAGUUUUAGCAACAAAAGGUAUAGUGCAUGGAGUCCUUUCAGUUGGAUAAUAGGUUUACAAGGAGAUGGGAAUCUGGACAGUGGGAAUAUCUGCCUUCCUUUUUGGGGUAAUUUCAGGUUUUAAUUUAGACCUAUAGAUACAGUUUUAGAAGGAGGUCUGGAGAUAACUUUGCCUCAACUUUAAAUUUUUUUUCAUGUACUUUUUUCUUUCUUUUUUUUUCCUUUCCAGUCAGUGCAUCUGUUCAGUUACCAUGAGAGCAUUUCAAAAGUUGGAAUAGUGUAAAAGUUGCACAGAUGAAUAAAAGUUCUGUUACAGUAUUA